AUGCUGACACAUCAGAGCAAGCAAGACUUCGUGCGGGUGUUCGAGGGCCUGUCCAUCUCCAGCUCCUUGGAUUACCUUCCACAUCGCAUCGAGGGCCUGGUGCUGCCAAGGGAUCCUCAGCUUAACCAUGCAAGUAGCGCGAGCAGACAGGAGGACGCGAGAAAGGACGAGUGGCAGCAGCAGCAGCAGCAGCAGCAGGAGCAGCAGCCUGCUGGUCGCCGAGGGCCGCAGGUUGUCGACGAGUUGCAAGAGGUGCAGGAGGAGAAUAGGCGGCUAGUGCAGGAGCUGCGGGAGAAGAGAAGCGAAGUCGCCAGCCUGCACGAGCUGCUGUGGAACUCUCAAGUUGCUCCUUCGCAGGAAGAGCUGACGGCCCUUCUGCUGGGCUCGCUGGUGGACAGUCUGAGCAUACAAACAGAGCGACAUGAGGAGGAGAUGGUGGUGGAACUGGAGGAGGAGAACCAACGACUGCGGCGGAUGCUGUCUGAGCAUGGCGUCACGCCUACUGCCUCCCCUCGUAAGAGGAUGGAUGGCACGGGCCCCGCAGACCUCAAGCGGCAGCUGAUCCGAUGCACCAAGAUCAUCCGGGAGCAGCAGCGACUGUUGCGGCAGCACGAGGAGAGGGAGGCAUCAAGAGCAGAAGGCUUGACGAGAGCUUCCUCCUCCUCCUCCUCCUCCAUGUUGGCUCAGGUGAACUCGAAGCUCCGUUUGCUCGUCCUCAUCGCUGUGUCUCGUCCGGUUGUGAUGAUGUUGUUGAAGGCGAGCGUGAGUCAUCAGGUCGACAUGUUGCAAAAGUCCAUCAACAAGAGGGAUCAGCUUACUUCCCACCAGGCUGACAUCGUCAUGAAAGAGCGGGAGAUCGAGGGCCUCAAGUCAACGGUGGCUCAGCAGGAGCGAACGAUUCUCUGGUACAGGAACAAGCUCAUGCAGCACAACAUCCAAGCGCUGCCUCCGCCACACCUGCGCUCCUUCCCUCCCCUCGCUGGGAGCCCCUCGCGAGUCAGCAGGGUGGAGGGCGUAGACGCCGCGGAGUCUCGGAGUGGAAGCAGGGGAAGCAGGACAGAAGAGCAGGAGGUGACCGAGACCCACAGCUCGGCGAGAAGCAGUGUUGGUAGCCUGCGCUGGGACUCACUGCCAUCGGGGGACUGGAACUCAGCCAAGUUGGCGAUCCGCGCACAACGAGAAAGCAGCAGCGGAGGGUUCGUGGAGAGGACGUCGGGAUCACGCAAGCUCGCGAGGAUACGCAAGGAGAUUCGAUCGGGGGUGACGCAAGAAGCUGCGAGCUCGCAAGUGUUUACUCUAUAA